GAACACGUGACCUCCCGGGACCGGAAGCAGCGCUGUCAGACCACGUGGGGGGAUGUUUAUAUCUGUGUAAUAUGGAGGUUUGCGCUCUCCAUGUAAGACCCCAUGUAUGAUUAACCCCUGGUAUUGCUGUCAUGGCCUUCCCUACCCCGAAACCUAAACCCCCUGAACUACCCCGGGUGCUGAGGCGCAGACUGGACUGUAACCAGGGAGCUGUGCGUGCAGUAAGGUUCAAUGCUGACGGUAAUUACUGCAUGACAUGCGGCAGUGACAAAUCCCUGAAGCUCUGGAAUCCUCACAAGGGUACAAUGCUGAAAAGCUACAAUGGCCAUGGCUACGAGGUCUUGGAUGCGGCCGGGUCAUGUGAUAACAGUCAGCUGUGUUCCUGCAGCUCAGACAAGACUGUCAUUUUGUGGGAUGUGGCUCAGGGGCAAGUGAUAAGGAAAUUUCGUGGACAUGCAGGGAAAGUGAACUGCGUGCAGUUUAAUGAGGAAUCCACAGUAAUAAUGUCAGGCUCCAUUGAUUCUUCUAUAAGGUGUUGGGACUGUCGUUCACGUAGACCAGAUGCGAUUCAAAUUAUGGAUGAAGCAAAAGAUGGGAUUUCCAGCAUCAAAGUAUCUGACCAUGAAAUCCUAUCAGGGUCUGUAGAUGGGCACCUACGUUGCUAUGACCUCCGGAAAGGGGAGAUGUGUGCAGAUUAUGUUGGCAGUCCCAUCACGUGUGUAAGCUUCAGCCAGGACGCACAGUGUCUCUUGGCAUCGUCCUUGGACUCCGCUCUGCGCCUUCUGGAUAAAGACACGGGGGAACUACUGGGAGAAUACAAAGGGCAUCAGAACCAGAGCUAUAAACUGGACAGUUGUCUCAGUGAGAAAGAUACCCACGUUGUGAGCUGCUCAGAGGAUGGCACAGUAUGUUUCUGGGACCUGGUCGAGGGGUCACUAGUUCUCAAACUCCCCGUCUGUAAAGGAGUUGUUCAAUCUCUCUCAUUUCAUCCUACGGAACCGUGUCUGCUGACGGCAAGCGAGGGUGGAUUCCAGGUCUGGAGCGGAGAAUCACAUGAAGACGCCGGUAGCAGCAGAGAAUGCUCAAACACUGUUGUUUAAUUAGUUGAACUUUAUUGCCAACAAAGUUGUUGUUUUUUUUAUCCAUUAGCAAAAUAAAAUACGUCCUAUUUUGGAAAUCUC